GAGCUGGGCAGACGUCCCAGGUCCCCGCUGGAGUGCGGUGACCGUCUAAAGGCGGGUGCGUCGCCGAGACCCGGACCUACCUCCUUUGAAUCUCCCCGCGUCCUGGCCAGGCGGGAGACUCUGGUUAUUUGCUAACGCACUUCGUGGAUCCGAACGUGGCUCGGCUCGGAGCACGCCCGGCGACCUGUAGGACUCCAGCCCUGGCCGCGGCCACCGCUCGCGGCUUUGGAGGACUCCGCUGGGUGGGGGCUCGCGGGUGUCGGUGUGUGCCGCGCGCGGGCCGGCCGGAGGUUGCUUUUGGAGGAGGGCCGGUGGCAAGGUGGUUUGGGAUUUUCUGGGAAGCAUGGAGGAGAAUGAUUCCAAGCCCAGCGAGGCGGCGGCGGAGGCGCAGAGGCAGCCGGAAUCCAGCCCUGGCGGCGGCUCCGGUGGCGGUAGCAGCCCUGGCGAUUCGGACACCGGCCGCCGGCGGGCUCUGAUGCUACCCGCGGUCCUGCAGGUGCCAGGCAACCACCAGCAUCCGCACCGCAUCACCAACUUUUUCAUCGAUAACAUUCUGCGGCCUGAGUUCGGCCGCCGAAAGGACACGGGGACGUGCUGUGCCGGUGCGGGCGGAGCGAGAGGCGGCGAAGGCGGCGCUGGCGGUACAGAGGGUGGCGGCGGCGGCGGCGCAGGCGGAGCCGAACAGCUCCUGGGGUCCGGCGCCAGGGAAUCCCGGCCGAACCCAGCGUGCGCACCCAGCGCCGGAGGGCCGCUCUCCGCCGGCGGCGGCGACUCUGCGGCUGACGGAGAAGGCGGCUCCAAGACACUUUCGCUGCACGGCGGUGCUAAAAAACCCGGCGACCCUGGGGGUUCCUUGGAUGGGGCGCUCAAGGCCCGAGGCUUAGGCGGCGGUGACCUGUCGGUGAGCUCCGACUCGGACAGCUCUCAAGCCAGUGCCACCCUGGGCGCGCAGCCCAUGCUCUGGCCGGCUUGGGUCUAUUGCACGCGCUACUCUGACCGGCCUUCUUCAGGUCCCAGGUCCCGAAAACCAAAGAAGAAGAACCCGAACAAAGAGGACAAGCGGCCCCGCACGGCCUUCACCGCCGAGCAGCUGCAGAGGCUCAAGGCGGAGUUUCAGACCAACAGGUACCUGACCGAGCAGCGGCGCCAGAGCCUGGCGCAGGAGCUCAGCCUCAACGAGUCUCAGAUCAAGAUCUGGUUCCAGAACAAGCGGGCCAAAAUCAAGAAAGCCACAGGCAACAAGAACACUCUGGCAGUGCACCUCAUGGCCCAGGGCCUGUACAACCACUCCACCACAGCCAAGGAGGGCAAGUCGGACAGCGAGUAGGGCGAGCCAGCAGGGCGGGCGGUCCAGGGCCGCGCGAAACAAUGCAAUAAUUUAAAAACCGUGAACAAAGGGCCAGUGUAUAAAGAUUAUACCAGCAUUAUCUGUGAAAAUCCCGUGUAUUAGCUAUGGUUCUACAACAAUCUAUGUACAUAUAAUUUACAGGUGGUGUAAAAUCCAAAAUAUCUGACUAUAAAAUAUUUUUGAGUUUUUUUUUGUGUUUAAGAGGUUAUGCUAAUUUUAUGUUAUUAUUAUUCUCUCUGCAAAGGGGGCUGUUUAGGGUUUCAGCUUUUUCUUUUUCUUUUUUCUUUUUUAAUCCCUUAAGCUCCAUCGGACACUUUUUUUUUUUUUCGAAAGAAAAAAAUUAAAACAACUUGCUAAAGUCCAAAGAUUUUUAUUGCUGCAUUUCACAGGACUGUGAACCGAAUAAAUAGCUCCUAUUUG